UCUUAUGGAUCCUCUUGUGACUCUAUUUGGUAGCAUCCAUGAAAAGCUCCCUGAUACAGGAAGUAUGAGAAGCAUGCUAUUCCCCAAUUUCGGCAGCAUGAUCAGCACCAUGGAUCCUCACAUCAAAGAUGAUCACUGGGAUGAGGAGAGUCUGCAGAGAGAAGGUGACCGUUAUCCUUCAGAUGGUAGCGGUGCAGACUCUGAUGACAAUCUACAAAGUCCAUUGAUAUCACGUCAAACAACCGCCGUAGAAAACAUGGUCCCUCCUCCCCAUGGCAGCACUCUGAGCGUGAGACGGCAUAGCAGCCUCAUGCAAGGCAAUGCUGGAGAAGGGGUAGGCAGCAUGGGAAUUGGUGGCGGUUGGCAGUUGGCAUGGAAAUGGUCUGAGAGGGAAGGUGAAGAUGGAAGUAAGGAAGGAGGUUUCAAAAGGAUAUAUUUGCAUCAGGAGGGUGUCCCUGGCUCUCGGCGUGGGUCACUUGUUUCAGUUCCUGGUGGUGAUAUUCCUGAAGAUGGUGAAUUCAUACAGGCUGCUGCUUUGGUAAGUCAGCCUGCACUUUACUCCAAGGAACUUAUGGGUCAGCAUCCCGUUGGACCAGCGAUGGUCCAUCCAUCUGAAACUGCGUCAAAAGGUCCCAGUUGGGCUGCUCUUCUCGAACCAGGAGUCAAAAGUGCGCUCAUUGUUGGAAUUGGAAUUCAAAUAUUGCAACAGGGACACUGCGUUUCAUGCUCGAAGGUACCAAUAGACAGGUUGAAAGUCCUCCUAGUAGGAUAUCAGCUCAGCGGAAGGUGUUGGUGCACUCCACUUGCUCCAGAGUUGCUUAUCUGGUCAGUAUGAUUUGGACAUG